GAAGCACCUAGGUUUGAGGCCAGGGCUGGCUGCUGUCAGAACCUAGGCCCUCCCCUGCCUUGCUCCACAUCUGGUCGGGGGAGAGAGGGGAGGAAAGCCAAGGCAAGGGACCUAACUGAAAACAAACAAGCUGGGAGAAGCAGGAAUCCGCGCUGGGGUUCCGCAGAUGCAGAGGUUGAGGUGGCUGCAGGACUGGAAGUCAUCGGGCAGAGGUCUCACAGCAGCCAAGGAACCUGGGGCCCGCUCCUCCCCCCUCCAGGCCAUGAGGAUUCUGCAGUUAAUCCUGCUUGCUCUGGCAACAGGGCUUGUAGGGGGAGAGACCAGGAUCAUCAAGGGGUUCGAGUGCAAGCCUCACUCCCAGCCCUGGCAGGCAGCCCUGUUCGAGAAGACGCGGCUGCUCUGUGGGGCGACGCUCAUCGCCCCCAGAUGGCUCCUGACAGCAGCCCACUGCCGCAAGCCCCGCUACAUAGUUCACCUGGGGCAGCACAACCUCCAGAAGGAGGAGGGCUGUGAGCAGACCCAGACAGCCACUGAGUCCUUCCCCCACCCCGGCUUCAACGACAGCCUCCCCAACAAAGACCACCGCAAUGACAUCAUGCUGGUGAAGAUGGCAUCGCCAGUCUCCAUCACCUGGGCUGUGCGACCCCUCACCCUCUCCUCACGCUGUGUCACUGCUGGCACCAGCUGCCUCAUUUCCGGCUGGGGCAGCACGUCCAGCCCCCAGUUACGCCUGCCUCACACCUUGCGAUGCGCCAACAUCACCAUCAUUGAGCACCAGAAGUGUGAGAACGCCUACCCCGGCAACAUCACAGACACCAUGGUGUGUGCCAGCGUGCGGGAAGGGGGCAAGGACUCCUGCCAGGGUGACUCCGGGGGCCCUCUGGUCUGUAACGAGUCUCUUCAAGGCAUUAUCUCCUGGGGCCAGGAUCCAUGUGCGAUCACCCGAAAGCCUGGUGUCUACACGAAAGUCUGCAAAUAUGUGGACUGGAUACAGGAGACGAUGAAGAACAAUUAGACUGGACCCACCCACCACAGCCCAUCACCCUCCAUUUCCACUUGGUGUUUGGUUCCUGUUCACUCUGUUAAUAAGAAACCCUAAGCCAAGACCCUCUAAGAACAUUCUUUGGGCCUCCUGGACUACAGGAGAUGCUGUCACUUAAUAAUCAACCUGGGGUUUGAAAUCAGUGAGACCUGGAUUCAAAUUCUGCCUUGAACUAUUGUGACUCUGGGAAUGACAACACCUGGUUUGUUCUCUGUUGUAUCCCCAGCCCCAAAGACAGCUCCUGGCCAUAUAUCAAGGUUUCAAUAAAUAUUUGCUAAAUGAGUGAA